AUCCGGUUGCCCGAAGUUGCGGCAUGUCGGACGAGGAUGGGAUGGCGGAGGUGCUCGUCGCGUUCCAGUGCAAGACGUGCAGUUUGAUCGUGGGAGACUCUGUGAAUCUCAUGCAUGUCAACGAAGCCCGAAGAACCGUCACCCUCAAGUAUGCCGUGAACAUCAUCCGCAGCACCGUGGCCAUCCAUGCCGCAGCCGGAGGUGAAGACGCCGGCAACACGUACCACGACCUCUUGUGUCGGCAGUGCAAGCGAAUCCUGGGCAAAUGGUAUAGUGCAACCGUUCCAGCGUUUGAUGCGUACCGCAUGGCCUACACUUUGCAUGCGGAUGAUGUGACGGAAUAUGCCGUCGGUGCAAACGCCCCAGAGGAUCAGUGGUCCAUGGAAGGCGCUGUGGCCGUCGACGAAUGGAAAGCCAACGUUUUGCACAUGCGAGACCUGAGUAAACGACUUGCCAAGGCGCAACUGGUCCUGAAAAUGGUCCACGACCGGAUUCUUAUCAGCGAGCGUCUCGUCCAAGCAAGACGUACUCCAUGUGGUGUAAAGAGGCAGCGAACGAUUGGGCCGCCGCAGCUACCCAAACGCCCCGGGCAACCAACGCAGGUAUCGUCGAAAGAAUUGUAACAUGAGUUAUCAGUUAGUCUCGGGAGGAUGGAGCUAUAGACCGGAUUACAAGCUCAAAGAAUGCGCCGCUACUUGUCUCCGCACAGCAGUGGACUUCCACUCUGGUCGUUGCUACCCCCGACUUCGUUGUCGGCCAGCAACCCAUUCCCCCGUCCAUGUCGUACGUAUCGUUGGUGCCGCACUAGAGUAGUGCCCCUGACUCCGGUCACUUUUAUUCGGGUCCAGAACAUGUUGGCCUUUGUCCUGUG